AUGGCCGCCGAUAAUAGGCUCACGUUGCCGCGGGGAAGCUCCUCCAAUCCGCAAGCAGCCAGAAACGCGUCGCACACGGCGCAAAACGCGGCGCCAAAUCCGACCGCCGCGGCGGAGCUUCUGCUGCCCUCAUUCCACGUGGACGUGGCGAUUGCUGGCGGCGGACUCGCGGGGCUCGCGCUCGCCGCCGGCCUGCAGGCGCGCGGCAUCGAGGCGGCCGUUUUCGAGGCAGCGCCCGCCGUGGUGCGAUCGAACAACAGCACCGGCACGAUUCUCGGCAUGUUUCCGAACGGCUACAAGGCGCUCGAAGGAUUAAAGCCCGGGCUCGGCAACGCUGUGAUUGCGAGCGGAUCACCGCUCACAAAAACUAAGUUAAGUUUCCGAGAUUUUCCGGCGGAUAUAACAGGUUCUGAUUCGGUCAACGCUUCUACCAGCGGACCCGCCACUAACGAUGCUGCUAUGAAAGGAACCAGCGAAAAUUGCGAUGGCUGGGUUGUGAUGGAAGCGGCGCCGCAAGAGCAGACAAUCGUGGGGUGGGCGCGAGCCCAAGAGGUACUUGCCUCGUCUCUAACGCAACCCGAGAGUAUUAUGCACGGGCAUCGCGUCGUGGCGUACUACCCCGUCGUCGCAGGAAUCCCUGUUGGCAGCGGCCUGCUGGGGGGUGGUGGUGGAUCGGAGAGCGGUGAUGGCGUGGGCGACGGAGAGGUGGAAGCAGUUGAUGUGGUGCUCGAGGUCGCGGGUUCAAAUCCCGAAGCUGACGCACAUAAUUCCAGCUUUGCUGAUCUGGAAGGAGCUGAAUCUGCGUAUGAGGCGGGUGCGGUGGAACAGCAGCGCCAACUGGUGGUGAUUCGUGCGAAAAUUCUGGUUGCAGCGGAUGGCGUGCGAUCAGUUGUUAGUGCUGCUGACCCUGAUGGCCACCUCAAGGCCAAGCUCGAACAAACACCCUUCGGUGUAUUCGGCAAGCCAGGUGUAAAGGGUCGUUUGAUGUGCCACGUCAGCAAGAACAUUGCAGACCCCUCAGCACACGACACCUGGCAUAACAUACUCAAGGUGGCUACCAGCACUCACUCCUGUAACAUCUACGAGCGGUGGAUGAUGGACCGGCCUCCUCCAAAGGAUUCUUGGAGCGACUCUAAAUGUGGUAACAGGGUUGUUCUUAUGGGGGAUGCCGCACAUGCCAUGCAUCCCGGCCCAGGGCAAGGGCCUCAGAUUGCCUUUGAGGAUGCACACCAGUUGUCCCUCUGCCUUGCUGACAUCAAGGAUGUGCUUGCCGAACCUGCUGCCGUGGUUGCUGCGGUUCGGGAACCUCACUAUGAUUCAACCAUCAUUACUAUGGCAGCCGUUUUCGCCCCACCUGCCGUCGGGCUCUCUGCUCUUCCUGUCGCCAUGGCGACUUGCGCGACGCGGAUCCUGCGACUCGGAAUGAGUCGUAUGGUUCAACGCCGUCGCAUGACGAUUCGACGUCGCCAGCAUGCCUCCAGUGGCAACCAAGAUGUGUCCCUCCGAGGCAUGGCGGAUAGUAGCCUCACGCAGCCACAAAGCUCCUCCAGUCCGGCAGUCAGAAAUGCGCCUAACACAGCGCGUGAAGCGGCGCCAAUCCCGGCGGCGGAGCUUCCGCCGCCCUCAUUCCACGUGGACGUGGCGAUUGCUGGCGGCGGACUCGCGGGGCUCGCGCUCGCCGCCGGCUUGCAGGCGCGCGGCGUCGAGGUGGCCGUUUUCGAGGCAGCGCCCGCGCUGCGAUCGGACAACAGCACCGUCCUCGUCAUCUGGCCGAACGGAGCCGCCGCUCUCGACGGAAUCCUGCCCGGAUUGAGCGCCACGAUGGCGCGACACGGCACGCUAGUCAAACGGCGCAGCCUGUGCAACCGCCGCAAGCCGCCGCCGCCGCCAGGCGAAGCGGAAAGCGGGCUGGGGGAAAGUGGGUGCGCGGAAAGCGGUGGAAGUGGCAGAGGCGGCGCAAGGGCAGGUGGCGGAAGUGCGGUUGGGAGCGACGGAGCAGUGCAAAGUUCUGAUUGGUUGGUGGCGGAGACGGAAGAAGCGGGGCUGAACAUGGUGCCCUGGCGCCGCAUCCAAGAGGCACUCGUGUCUGCACUCCCUAGGCCUGAUUUGGUGCGAUGUGGGCAUCGCGUGGUGGGGUACCGGCCUGUGUUGACACGCAGGGGUAGCGGGGAGGGGGAAGCGGGGGACGCGGGGGGGACGAGGGGAGCAUGGGAGGCGGGGGGAGCGGGAAGAGCAGGGGGAGCAGGGGGGAUGAAGGGAGCGGGGGAACCGGGGGAGAGGAGUGAAGUAGGUGAAGGAAGUGAGGUGGAGGCGGUAGAUGUGAUCUGUGAGGUCGCGGGUUCGAAUCCUGGCGAGACGCAAAUAGUGGUUGUGAGGGCGAAGGUGCUGGUGGGGGCUGAUGGGGUUCGAUCAGUUGUGAGGGAUUAA